GUUAUUAUUAGCGGGUCGCCCUACCCGCUGACAGGGCAGGAGACCCCUAGGGCCCUAGCAGCCCAUCAUGGAAAGCCCUUGCUUCAGGGGCCAGCAGCCGACCGUGGGGCAACGUCAUGUCGCGCCCAGGCUGGACAGCUCCACCGAAUCUAAUUCAGAUGAGAGGAGGGCCAAGAGAGCCUCACGCUGAUGAUCGCAUUCAGCCCAAGGAUACCGCACCUUCAGCACCCUAUCCCUGUCUUCAUUAUAUCUGGCAUGUGAAUACGGGUCUCGAAUAGCCAACUUCUGUCGUUAUCGCCAGGUAUCCCGUUCUUUUGACGACGCGUCGACACCGCGCACCGCUUCGAACGGUUGCUAUAUACUACCACGGCCCCCCUGCAACUGGCAGGGGCUUCUGGGACAAAAUGACGGACGAGGAUGAGCACCUGGCAUACGGUGGCGAUGAGAUAUCAGACGAGAAGACCAGUCACGAGUCUCCCCCUCAGACGCAACCCGAGAUAACGGACAGUACUGCCCAGAUGGAGGAGGUCAAGGCACAGCAGAUCAUCGAUGCCUGCAGGAGGAGAGAUCUCGAGGGCCUGCAGGCUCUUGCCGAGUCCCCCGGCGGAUUCAUAAGGGACGAGCUGCGGCAACAGGCAUGGCCUAUCCUGCUGGGGCUGCCGGUGCGGUUCCCGAGCGAUGACAACGACAAGGUUUCUGGCACCAGCCACGACCAAGUGCGCCUGACAGCCUCAGAAUACGACGACUCCUCGUGGAAACACCUCCAGCCUCACAAGGAAGAGGAGCAGGUCAGGCUGGACGUCGCCAGGGCCUUCGUGUACUACCCGCAAUACGAGUCCGACCAGGAGCGCGCCCAGCAGAAACAAGAGCUCUCAGACCUGAUCCUCUCGGUCCUCCGGCGCCACCCCUACCUCUGCUACUUCCAAGGCUACCACGACAUAUGCCAGGUCCUCCUGCUCGUCCUGCCGCGGCACCUCCGCGCCCCGGCCGCCGCGCGCCUCUCGGCCCUGCGCAUCCGCGACUUCAUGCUCCCGACCCUCGCCGCCGCCAUCUCGCAGCUCCGCCUGAUCCCCGAGGUCCUGCGCGCCGCCGACCCGGCCCUGGCGGCCCACCUGCCGCUGGGCUCGGACCCCUUCUUCGCCCUCUCGGGCACGAUAACCAUGUACGCGCACGACGUGCGGUCCAGGCGCGAGAUCACGCGCCUCUUCGACGCCCUCCUCGCCGCCGAGCCCGCCCUCAGCCUCUACCUCUUCGCCCAGCUCGUCAUCCGCCGCAGGGCCGAGCUCCUGGCCAUCCCGGCCGGCGAGCCCGACGUCCUCCACGCCGCCCUGUCCCGGCUGCCCCACCCCCUCGGCGCCGACGCCCUCGUCGCCGGCGCCCGCGCCCUGCUCGCCGCCCACCCCCCCGAGUCCCUGCCCUCGUGGCCCCGCCGCGUCUCCCCGCACAGCGUGCUCAAGACGGCCCGCUCCCUGCGCGCCUGCGCGGGGCAGAGCCUCGCCGUCGGCGAGUACUUGUUUGGCCUGCAGGUGGCCGAGCUGCGGCGCGAGGAGAGGAGACAGGAGGUUAUCAAGACGCUCUGGCGGUACCGGAGGCCCGCGCGGGCCGUCGGUGUCGCGGUCGCGUUUGCCGUGCUCGCGUACUGGGUCCGCAGGUCGGCCGUGUCCGGGGGUGUCGCUGCUGGGCCGGUGCGGUACAUGACUGCGCUCGUGUCGGCCUGGUGGGAGGGCUUCUAGAUGGGCUGGGCAUGCGUGCAUUCAGAUCUGGCUGUGGGGGCUUUCAUGUGUUGGCCAAGAUAAUAUUGUAUAUUAAAAAAUGCAUUCGGGAAUGGUCUCCUUGGAAAAGGACACACCUGCGCAUGGAGGGAGGGUGUUUGGGGCAUUGCAUCGGGUCCAAUAAUUUCAAGUAUCAGACGGAGUACAGG